AUGCGGGGCAGCCGGGCCCCUGGGGCUGCGGGCGCCAAGGCGUUCGCAGAGCUGCAGAGCUGCGCGCCCGACGGCGGCGGCGCUGCUCUGCCGGCCGCGCUCGAACCCUCUCGCUGUCUGCCAAUGGGAGCUGUCAGGGCGCCUCCGCCUGCGGCCUCAGGGGCCGGGCCGCGGGAGCCCGUGGGAAACCGAGCUCCGAUUGGGCCGCCUGACAAUCGCUCCGCCUCCGGCCAGCCAAUCCGAGGCGGUGGAUGCAGGAGCGGGGCGUUCGGAGUUGGGCUGGAGAGCGACUACGGGCGCACGCCGGGUAUCCGUGCCGCAGCCAGGCUCGGAGCGCGCGGGUGGAGGGGCACGGGCCGCGCACGCUCCGGAGAUGCCUUCCUGCGAGGCUCCGGCAGCGCGGCCCGGGGAGAUCGCCCGCAGGCAGCGGAGGCGCGGCGGGCCGGGGGACGACCAGGGAGCCCCUAACAAAGCAGCUUUGGGAGGGCCGGAGGCCUCUGCCUCCCUCGGCGAUAGGUCCGCGAAGCUGCCUGUCACCCCGCAUGGGUGGAGGUGGCCAAUGGCGUGCACAGACGGAGCUCGAGUUGGCGCGCGCGCGCGGCUCGGCAUCGGUGGGAUUGGUCGGAGGUAAAGGAUUUUCCUACCACUAAGGCGGAGAGGAAGGGGGAUCGGAACGGGGGAGGCGAAAAACGUUGUGCCUGGGACAAGUGGUCUGGCU